UUCACUUUCUGAAAUCUGAAGAUCGACAUACACUAAGUCCAGGUAACUGUAAAUUAAACAAUCCAGGUUGUAUGUAAUUAUUUUUAAUUCAUGUAUACCUGUUAAAUAAUCUGCCUGGUUUAUAAUGGAAAGUGAAUUAAAUGCAACAUAUAUAACUCUUGACAGGUAUAUAGAAGUUAGCAAAUAUAGAUAUUUUUAUUUUUGUAGUAUAUUCACAGUAUAUAUUCUAAUAGUCUGCAGCAAUUCUACUAUUGUGUACCUCAUAGUGAUUCACAAAAACCUCCAUGAGCCUAUGUACAUUUUCAUUGCAGCUUUGUUAAUCAACUCUGUUCUUUUCAGCACUGCUAUCUACCCAAAGCUUUUCAUUGACUUUCUAUCUGAGAAACAGAUCAUAUCUUAUUCGGCCUGUCUCUUCCAGUGGUUUAUUUAUUACUCUUUGGGUGCUUCAGAGUUCUUAUUGUUGUCAGCCAUGGCCUAUGACAGAUAUGUGUCUAUAUGUAAACCUCUGCAAUAUCCAACUAUCAUGAGAAAAACAACUGUCUGUAUGUUCCUGAUUUUAGCUUGGAUUCUGCCUGCUGGUCAGUUUUCAGUGACUCAGAUACUGAGUGCUAAAAAAAAGCUAUGUAACUUUAUUUUGAAAGGAAUAAUUUGCAACAGCACAGUUCAGAAACUUCACUGUGUGCGUUCAAGAGUGCUGAAUAUAUACGGCUUGAUUGUUUUAGUAGAUCUUUUACUUCUCUCUGUGCUUUUCAUACUGUUCACAUACACCAGGAUACUUAUAAUAACCUAUCGCAGUAAUAGAGAAGUUAGGAGAAAAGCUGCUCAGACCUGUUUACCCCAUCUGCUGGUUCUCAUCAACUUUUCUUGUUUGAGUGCAUUUGAUGUACUUCUACUUCGAAUGGAAACUGAUUUUCCCAAAACUGUACGUUUAAUAAUGACUUUACAAAUAAUUUUGUAUCAUCCUCUCUUUAAUCCAAUCAUAUACGGACUGAAAAUGAAAGAGAUUCAUAAACAUAUCAGGAGGUUGUUCUGUCAAGGCAAACUGAACUAAUAUAUCAAUAAAGAUAACAAAUGCACAAUGCAAUGUCAUUUCUUCGGUAAUAAUAAUGUAGAGAUCAGAUUUCUGUGAUUCUGGGAAGGUAUUUAAUCUAAAAGAAAACAGUGUUUAUGACUACUACACAAUAAAAGCUGCC